AGAGCUAUCAAAUGUCCAUACGACUGAGGAGACGGUAGGAAAAAAAAUGCUUAAACGUCGUAGCCUCGGAAUGAAGCGUAUGAGCUCCUCACCGCCGCCAAUAAUUCAUGGGAAGUUUCAUAGCCCGUUGGUCCGGUGUUCGUCACCGGAAGACGGCUCAAAGCGGAGAAGAAAGAAGCCUUUGCGAUUACAGAACCCUUUCAAUACUGAUCGCGAAGACGUGAUUGAUCCAUUGCGGUUGAAGCUUAUUGACAAAAAUGCUAUAAUGGCUAGAGAUUCAGCCGAACAUGAGGCCAUGAUUGCUCGACUUUUGUCCAGGCCUUUCACAAUACCCAUACCCGGGUAUUCAUUAUCUGGUCGCGUUUUGGGUAUGGCCAGAUCUCGAAUGCGGGUAGCCAUGUUUGAUCCUUAUGCUGAAAAUGCAGUUGUGCUGUAUGCUCCACCAUCUUUGUCGGCCCACGAGCAGAUGAAUAUGAAAGAGGAAGAUAAACUAGUCCAUGUCGUUGUGGAUCCCGUGUUGGGUAACAUCCUUCGACCACAUCAGCGAGAAGGCGUAAAAUUCAUGUACGAUUGCGUGACUGGAAGAAAUAUCGAAAGUCAUUUUGGUUGCAUCAUGGCCGACGAAAUGGGUCUCGGUAAGACCUUGCAAUGCAUUACGUUGCUCUACACCCUGCUACGCCAAAGCCCUGAGGGCAAACCAACAUUUAACAAAGUUAUCAUCGUAUGCCCGAGUAGUUUGGUGAAGAACUGGGACAAGGAAAUCAAGAAGUGGUUAGGACAGCGAAUAUGUGCAUUGCCUAUGGAUUCUGGUAACAAACAAGAAAUAACAUCUAAACUUAAGGCUUAUAUGGCUGACGGGAGAGUGCGAGCUGCCAGUCCAGUGCUAAUCAUUUCAUAUGAAACAUUCCGUCUAUAUGCGAAGAUUCUACAUUCGAGCGCAAUAGGAAUGGUUAUAUGUGAUGAGGGUCAUCGCUUGAAAAACAGCGAUAAUCUCACCUAUCAGGCUUUGAAUGGGCUACAGUGCAGUAGACGAGUUUUGAUUUCGGGAACGCCAAUACAGAAUGAUCUGCUUGAGUACUUUAGUCUGGUCAACUUCGUGAAUCCAGGAUUGCUAGGAACAGCUAGCGAGUUCAAGAAACGAUUCGAAAAUCCAAUUUUGAGAGGUCGCGAUGGUAAUGCUACCGAUGAAGAACAGAAGAAAGGUGAAGAGGCUACGAAAGAGAUGGUCACACUUGUAGAGAAAUGUAUUAUUAGACGAACGAGCGCGUUGCUGACGAAGUACUUGCCGGUCAAGUACGAGCAUGUCAUAUGUUGUCGCAACACGGAGUUGCAAGACGCUAUCUACAACAAGUUGAUAGAGUCAGAAGAACAGAACAGGGCUAUUGAGAAAGACAAGGAAAGUGGAGCCACAGCCUCGGCUUUGUCCUUUAUUACGCAUCUCAAGAAACUGUGUAAUCAUCCAUAUCUGGUAUAUGAAGAGUUGCAAAAACCAGACAAUAGAUUCCACAGUUGCCUGAGCCUGUUUCCUGACUCCUUCAGUUCGAAAAAAUGUGAUCCAUCGGUAUCUGGAAAAAUGAAGGUGCUAGAUUAUAUCUUGGCAGUUACUCGAAAGACUAGUAAGGAUAAGUUUGUGCUGGUCUCGAAUUACACCCAAACUAUAGAUCAAUUCGUUGAGCUUUGUAAAUUACGUGGAUAUGGGUAUGUCAGACUAGAUGGGUCGAUGUCGAUAAAGCAAAGAGCAAAAACGGUGGAGAAGUUUAACGAUCCAGAGAGCAGUGAGUUUUGCUUUCUGUUAUCAUCGAAGGCUGGUGGAUGUGGCCUGAAUCUUAUUGGUGCAAACAGACUAGUGAUGUUCGAUCCGGAUUGGAAUCCAGCCAAUGACGAUCAGGCAAUGGCGCGAGUAUGGCGUGACGGUCAAAAGAAGAACUGCUUUAUUUAUCGCUUACUAGCUACGGGUUCAAUCGAAGAGAAGAUGUUUCAACGUCAAACGCAUAAAAAGGCUCUAUCUUCUUGUGUAGUCGACGCCGGGCAAGAUGUUGCACGACACUUCAGCUCAGAUCAGCUGAGAGAAUUGUUCAAGUUGGAAGCAGACACACCAUCUGAUACUCAUGAAAGAUUAAAAUGCAAGAGAUGCAUAAAUGGAAUUGAGACUACAGACCCACCUGAGACAGCUGACUGCACAUCCGAUUUAGCUCUAUGGCAUCAUUCGCAAAGAGAUGCUCGGAAGAUCGCUGACUCCAUACUGCGUUCGGUGUUCAACUGUGGUGCCAUCUCGUUCGUGUUCCAUCAAAAAUCCCAUGAUGUGGAGGUGCCUAAGAAGAGGAAGGAAGAAGAAGAUGAAGAGUAUAGGCCGGACGAGGAUGAAGGAGCGGAUGAUUAAUCUGUAUGAUUAUUGGUGCAUAGGAC